ACAGGUUUCACGAAUGCGCAGAGAAAUCUAAAGGCUCCCCACCUGUCGCAGACCGUCAGCGGUGCUGGUUCAGUUGGGGAGGGAUGAGAGAGGGAGAGUGAUAGACUGAGCGAAAGAGGAGAGCAGCGCGCGUUCAGGCGGGACAGCAGGGCGCGCAGGACUUCAGCACACCGGCCGGGUCAAGGAGCUGCAAGGAUGGAGAUCCGACCGGACAGGUUCAAGGCGGUGGCCGGGAAAACCUUGGGGAAAAUUCACAGGCUCAUUGAGAAACGACAGGCCAAUGGAGAAACCAUCGAGUUAUCAGCUGAAGGCCGCCCGGAGCUGGUGGAGGAGAAGGAGCUGCCCGUGGUGGACUGCACCUGCUUCGGCCUCCCCAGGCGGUACAUCAUCGCCAUCCUGUGUGGUUUGGGCUUCUGCAUCUCCUUUGGUAUUAGAUGCAACCUGGGUGUUGCUAUCGUUAGCAUGGUCAAUGACCAUACGGUCUACAAAGGCAACAAGGAGGUGCUUGUGGCUGCACAGUUCACCUGGGACCCAGAGACGGUGGGGAUGAUCCACGGCUCCUUCUUCUGGGGCUACAUAGUCACACAGAUCCCYGGUGGCUUUAUAUGUCAAAAAUUUGCAGCCAACAGAGUGUUUGGCUUCGCCAUCGUGGCCACGUCCGUCCUCAACAUGCUGAUCCCGUCUGCAGCUCGCUGCCACUACAGCUGCGUCAUUCUUGUGAGGAUAUGUCAAGGCCUUGUUGAGGGUGUAUCGUACCCAGCCUGCCACGGGAUCUGGGCCAAGUGGGCGCCUCCUCUUGAGAGAAGUCGAUUAGCCACAACAGCCUUUUGUGGAUCCUAUGCUGGGGCAGUGGUGGCCAUGCCUUUAGCUGGGAUACUGGUGCAAUACAUCGGGUGGCCUUCUGUAUUUUAUGUCUAUGGCAGUUUCGGGAUAUUCUGGUAUUUAUUCUGGAUUCUUGUGUCAUAUGAGAGCCCAGCAGUCCAUCCCACUAUCACUCCAGAGGAGAGAAAAUACAUUGARGAUGCAAUCGGAGAAUCUGCAACUUUUCUCAAUCCCCUUCAUAAAUUUAAAACGCCAUGGAGACAUUUCUUCACCUCCAUGCCGGUCUACGCCAUCAUUGUGGCCAAUUUCUGCAGGAGCUGGACCUUCUACCUGCUGCUCAUCAGCCAGCCUGCGUAUUUUGAAGAAGUUUUUGGCUUUGAGAUCAGCAAGGUGGGCAUCGUGUCAGCUUUGCCCCAUCUGGUGAUGACAAUCAUCGUGCCUAUCGGAGGCCAACUGGCCGACUACCUGAGGACUCACAACCUGAUGUCCACCACCAACGUCAGAAAGCUCAUGAACUGUGGAGGUUUCGGGAUGGAGGCCACCCUCCUUCUGGUGGUCGGAUUUUCUCACACUAAAAUUAUUGCCAUUACUUUCCUGGUCCUCGCUGUGGGGUUCAGCGGCUUUGCAAUCUCAGGGUUUAAUGUUAAUCACUUGGAUAUUGCCCCUCGAUAUGCCAGCAUACUGAUGGGAAUUUCCAACGGAGUGGGAACGUUAUCAGGAAUGGUGUGUCCUCUCAUAGUGGGGGCCAUGACCAAACACAAGACGCGUGAGGAGUGGCAGUACGUCUUCCUCAUAGCRUCUGUCGUCCACUACGGAGGAGUGAUUUUCUACGGGAUCUUUGCAUCCGGGGAGAAGCAGUGGUGGGCCGACAUAGAGGACACGAGCGAGGAGAAAUGCGGAAUAAUCAACGAGGACGAACUGGCCAAUGAGACGGAGGAGAUCUACCGUGGAGGCGGCCAGUACGGGGCCAUGGGUCAGCCGGUGGUGGCGGGUUCAAAUGGAGGAGGAGGCGGUGGAGGUGGCGGAGCGGGAUGGGUUACAGACUGGGAUAAGUCUGAGGAGUACGUGCAACCGCCAGGAUAUAAUUCUUACAUGCAUGGUGGAGGGAAGGAGAAGGAGCUGACAUAGAAGACUGAAGUGAUUUCAACAAAAAAAUAAGUAAAUGAGAAGAUUGUUUGUGUAGAAGGAUUAUAAGGGAGCUGCUGAGGUACACUGAGGACAUUUAAGGACAUUUACAGUUGCACAUGUCAAGAGUCUGGAUCCGCUAUGUUGCAGGCGUGUGCGUGUGUGUGUGUGUGUGUGUGUGUGUUUGUGGGUGUCCAGUGGAUCUGCAGAAGCAUACAGUUUUCAUUUACAAAAUCUGGACUCUUCUCUCCCAGACUUUCUUUCUGAUCCUGACUUCAUGGUGAAGGUUGCAGCAGUUUUGUUUCCAAGCCGUUGCUGAGGAGUUUGUGUGUGAGAAAGAAAAAGCGGUGGUCUUUUGUUGUUUUUACAUUUUUAUUUGUAAGCAUUUUGGAUUUUUUUUUUCAAUUUAUGACAUAAAACAGUGUUUAAAUUACUAAAAAUAMAUUGUGAAAUGGUGCAGCUUCAUAGUUUCAGAAGAAAUAACAAAACAUGUCGGUGAAAAGGAGGGUCUUGGUGUUGGCUUGCAUCAGUCUGUGCACAUAAAUAUAAUCUGAUUUUUGAUGGAAAAGGUGUGUGUGUGUGUGCGUGCGUGUGUGUGUGUGUGUGUUAAAGUGUAUCUGGUUUUAGCAGUGUCCCACCCAGGACAGGGUCAACUAUUAGAUAAACAGUUCAGGUCAGAGGUUUACAUGCACCCAGUGAUGCAUUCAGACGAUUUCUUUUUUUCCAGCACCAGCUCUGUGCUGGAACAUACACACCUGGUUCUCCAGACACGGUGUGUGUAACGACAUCCAAACAGUUCAGCUCUGGCUCCAUUUCACCAGAGUUUGUUCUGCAAGUAUUAAACUGGCUUGUCCAGAUCUUUCUGAAGCUCUCUGUGAGUGAUCCUUAGCUUUCUUCACAUUGAAGCCAGGUUAACACUGCCGUAGACUGACGGGAUGCCAAAGAAAAAGAAAAAAAAAAGAAGCCCCUGCAAUAAUAAUUGUUCAUUUUUAGGAUGUGAUGUUUUUAUGUCUAAGAAAACUGUAUUAGCUGUCAAGCAUGGUGGCGAAAGCGUUAUGUUGAGGGUCGGUUUUAGUGCCACUGUUAUUUGUAUGUUGUCCAAAGUAAGUGGAAUAAUGAGAAAGGAAAAUGUUCUUCAACUUCGCCACAAGCCAACAUCCAGUUGGUUCUGUGUUGGAAACAGAUGGAUUUACAAAAAGAACAGUGAUUCCUAAAAAAAAAAAAAAUGCUUUUGGAAUGGAAAAAUUAGGCUGAGAUUAAAAAUAGCAGAUACUUUAACCCUAUUUAAAAAAUUGUGGACAUUUUAAAUUUUGAUUUGUGCCUUUAACCAAACCAAACAGAAUUAUCCAAUGACCUACAAAAAGUCAGUGGCGUCUCUGCAAAUCGCUAAGGGACAUUUUAAUUAAAUUGCUUGCUGCACGAUGAUUCCACCCUUCAUAUUCCUAUUUACAAAGACAAUGAGUGUGUAUAAAUGUCUGACCUGAACUACACACAAAAGCAGAAGUUUAUGCCCGCCUAUCUGAGAUAUGUCAGUAAAUAAAGUGUCAUGACUUCACUGCUUAUUUAGCAGAACAACGGUUCUGACCUUACACUUUACGAACAGUCAAGCCUUUCCUUCUGUCUCUGGAGCUUCUUCUCUUCUGGUCUAUCUUUGCCUUUCUAUUUUUCUCUCUGUCCUUUCUAGCUUAAUUUCUGUCGUGUGUGUGUGUGUCAAGGGGUCAGGUGUCGCGUGUGCAUGUGUGGCAGCAAGUGUGCGGUUGUGUCAGAUGCCGGUGCUGAAACAUUGUGCGGUGAGCGUGUUUUAAUUUGCACAACUUUCCAGCCUCCUCUCUCUCUCUUUCUCUCUCUUUUUUUUCCACUCGUAAUGCACAACAAAAUACAGAGUGUUUAUUUCAUCCGUGCACAGCAAAGUGCAAACACGCAGAAAGAAUGGUGACACAGAUUUUAAUCAUUAAAGAGAAACCCACCACUGCCAAUAAGCAAGCAUUUUCUGGCAAAUAUUGUCAGUGAAUGUGUAAAAUACAGCCAUGCAGUCAAAUGUUUCUUUUUUGCACACCCUGUUAUAGCGUCUAUCUCUGUUUUGGUGCAAUGACCGCUCAGGAUUUUYUUGCAGAGGAACUACUGAACUGCCUAACCUUUGCAUUGAAUUCAUAAAAUAACGUAUGCAUACUCAAAUACACACAUAACUCCUGCUUUAAUGUUAAGCAACAUCUUUCAAAUGAAAACAUGUAUAAAUGAGUCCUUUUCGGAUCCUGUUUGUCAUCAACUAAGAAUGUUAAAAAACUGAUGUGAGGGCACAAUGUUGGUGGCCUCUGUUGACAAAUCAUUGUUUAAAAGGGUAAGCCAGAUGUUGUUCUGAGUGUAACGUGUUUGAGACAUGAAUGAUUAUUUCUUGUGUAACAAUUUGUUUCUGUGUGUCGUAUCGGUGUAUCUUUAAUGGAUUUUCUUCUUUGUCAAACGUUUUGGCUGUUCMAAUGUUCUCCUCUCCUCUCUCGACGAAAUGUGUGGUUUGCUGGGUGAGAAUUGGUGUACGGAGAAGAAAAAAAGAGGUACCGUAAUUUAAACUCGCAGAAAUGUGGAAAUAUUUUAUGUAUAAAAGAAAACUGUACAUGUGAGAUGAACCUUGUGUAAAAUAAAGAUUGGAGAGACUUCAGAUGGUUUCAACGAAA